CGGACUCCUCGUAAAAUGCAGUUGAAAGGCAUAUUUUUACUCCUUUCUUUAGGAGCGUUCACCUCUUAUUAUGUUUAUCAGCCCAUUCCAGACAAGAUAGAGGAGAGAUGGAAACUCAUGUUGACCGACUGUUUCUUCAGAAGUCUCAGCCACCUGGCAGACUUCAGUGAGCUGGUGGGGUUGAAGGACUACAGUAUGUCAGGUUUGGAGUGUUUCUAGUCUGAGUGUGUAGCUGUUAUUUUCAGGCUUUGAGGUUUAACAGAGCUGCAGUCAAUUGAAUGCAGUUUAAAGUAGUAGCUUUGAUCUUACUGUCGAGCUAAUGGUCUCCCUACCGGUCUCCCUAUGUUUCCUUAGAAAGCCUCCUCAGCUCAACUGACACUCCUCCCCACCAAUGGCAGAUUUGUCACAGAAUAAUGUUGUUGGGGAAAUAUAGCUCAGUGUUCAUUAUCAUGGGAUUAGCCUUUUUCAGAAAAAGUGUUUUGAUGACUGAUAAUCUAAUCUCAUUUUGUUUCAGUAUUCUCCUUACAAAUUCUUGUAAAUAUCAUGACUUGUUGUUUUUCAUGUGAAAUACUGAGAAUUAAAGACAUGCGUAAUUUUGUUAUGUUUUCUCACAAUAAAAUGAACCCACCUUU